AUGGCUGUUGCAGGGACCAUUAUCUAUCAAUAUUAUAAAUUAAUUUAUAUAUUAUGGCCUAUCGUUAUCAAUGGUAAAAGAUCCGUUAUAUCACAAAAUUAUUGUUUAAGUCUGUCAGUAUUUGAGUUGUGCUCGAAAUUCUGUAAUAUUAAGACAGUUGAAUUAAUAAAAAUAUUACAUACUAAAGACACGAUUGAUAUUCGAUAUAUCGUUAGUGCAACGCAGGAAGUAGAAGAUUGCAUUGUAUUCUGUAUUGAACAAUUGGAUUUGGUUAGAGUUAAAGAAGAACUCUUGGAAGCAAUGUAUAGAUUUAUAGAAGUCUCGGGAUUUUCGACGGUUCACAGUGUUUUGGCUCGUAAAUGCUAA